AAUAUAGCUCACAUUUCCAUCACUCCCGAAAGGUGCAAAUUUCGAAUUCCCAAUUUAUCCCUUCCCACCCCCUUUACCCCCUGGUAACCAUAAAUUUGUUCUCUGUGAUUUGUUUCUGUUUUGUAGAUAAAUUCAUUUGUGUCUUUUUUAGAUUCCACAUAUAAGCGAUAUCAUAUGGUAUUUUUCUUUUUCUUUCUGGCUUACUUCACUUAGAAUGACGAUCUCCAGGUCCAUCUAUGUUACUGCAAAUGCAUUUUAUUCUUUUUUUAUGGCUGAGUAGUAUUCCGUAGUAUAUGUAUUACCAUAUCCAUCCAGUCAGCUGUCAGUGGACAUUUGGGUGGUUUCCAUGUCUUGACUCUUGUAAAUAGUGCUUCUGUGAAUAUUGGGGUGCAUGUGUCUUUGAAUUAUAUUUUCCUCCGGAUUUGUGCCCAGGACUGGGAUUACUGGAUCAUAUGGUAAGUUUAUUUUGCGUUUUUUAAGGAACCUCCAUACUGUCCUCCAUAGUGGCUGCACCAGGUUACAUUCCCACCAACAGUGUAGGAGAAUUCCUUUUUCUCCACACCCUCUCCAACAUUUAUCGUUUGUGUACUUUUAUUAAUGGCCAUUCUGACUGGUAUGAUGUAAUAUCUUUUAGUUUUGAUUUCUAUUUCUCUAACAAUUAGUGAUGUUGAGUAUCUUUUCAUGUCCUUGUUGGCCAUGAAGAUGACUUUUCUUAAAUCAACUAAAACAUGUCCUUAGUCUGGAUAUGGGCUGGAAAUGUUACUCCUGGCCACACCCCUCCCUUCUGGUUUUGGGUUACCAUCCUGAGGCCUCAGGCCAGGGUAAGGUCCAAUUAUGGCCCAGCUGCAGCCUCAGAGCCUUUACAUUCAGUGAUGUCCAUGCUGGCCUGAGGAUAAGAGGCUGGAGGGGGCCUGAUACCUGAGGUCGUUCUGAUGUGAAUCCUCCCUAGGUGUGCCCACUCCCCAAAUCUCAGCAUCCUGUCAGUUUGAAUUGUGCUGAGGAUUUGGGGUUCUGAGAUGUUUAAGGUGGCUCUGACCUGGGGGAGCUGCCCCAUUCCUCAUUCCCCACCCAGAGGUCUCUGCCUCUCCCACUGGGCAGAAGACAGCCAAAGAGCUCCAGCGUGAGGAGACGGGACAGAACUUUCCUGGCCUGAGGAGGGGGCUCAUCUUAGGAUUAGUCUUUGGCACUUGCUGUUCAGGUGUUCUCUCUGGUGAGCAGAGUCAGCCCAUGGUGUGCCUAGGUGGAAGACCCUGGCUUCUCAAUUGCCCCUCCACAUACUGUGCUUCCUGUGCAAGGCAGGCUUGCAGUCCAGGGCUCCUCCCCCAGCUUGAUAUGUAUUCCGUUUAUAGAGGUUGAGGAACAGCCCACCUGGUAGGGAUGCUCGUGCCUGACCCAGUAGGAGCUGGGGUCAGGCCCUGAAGUUAUUUCAACCAUCCAACCAGCUUCCCAGUUCCAAUGGCCAGAGAUCCUCGGUUCAGGACAGGGCAGGAUGCUAUUUCUAGCUGCUGCGACUAUCCUGAGGCCCAGCUGCAUCACGGUUAUGAGUGGCCCUGGUAGGGGUUGCUAUGGUUGCACGUUCCCAGAGUCGGUCCACCUUCCUGCCCUCCCCAGGAAGUAGGGCUUCUCAUCCCCGCUGCAGUCUUGUCCGCUGGGGGCUCUUCAGUAUUGUGGCCACAGGAGCGGUCAGGAACCUCUAGCCUGAAGUGUGUGCUAUGGGUUGGUGUCCACCCGUUGAGCAGAGGCAGCUGCAAGGACCUUCCCCUUUCCCUGCUAGUAGCCCUGUUGGCUUCAGCGCACCCUGGGGAGGGCUAGGGCCGUGGUGCCGUCUUACUAGCAGGACAGGCGAGCCUGUCUUGCAGGGAGGCGCCUUCAAGGAGCCCCUGCCUGGGGAGUCUCAGCUGUGGGCUGUUCCCUUAAGACUUCCCGGUGGAGAUGGUGUCGGCGCCGCGGCCCCAGCUCGAGACCAAGGGGUGUGCGCGGUAGGGGCCUGCGAGCCCCUCAUGACUCAGUUUCCCCGCUGCGGCCUGGGGGCGCCUGCACGCAGCGCUCGCUGAUCAGGGUGGGAACUCGGCGACCCGCGCGCCCUUCUUUCGGGGGCACGUCCAAGUUGGGGGGGUGCGCGUGUGGCUGGGCCGGCGGCAGCGCCGUGUGCGGCGGAGGCGGGCGGCUCCGUGACGCGGCGCUGAGCGGAGCGGGCGGAGCCGGAGGGCCGGGGCGGAGCGGAGUCGUCCGCAGAGCAGCCCCUCCCGGCCGCGGCCGCCGACCCCGGCCCCCGGUCCCCGGCCCGGCCUGGCUCUAUGGAUAGGAGCUCGCUGCUGCAGCUUAUCCAGGAACAGCAGCUGGACCCUGAGAAUACAGGCUUCAUCGGUGCGGACACCUUCACUGGCCUGGUGCAUAGCCAUGAGCUGCCCCUGGACCCUGCCAAGCUGGACAUGCUGGUGGCUCUGGCCCAGAGCAACGAGCGGGGCCAGAUCUGCUACCAGGAGCUGGUGGACCUGAUCAGCAGCAAGCGCUCAAGCAGCUUCAAGCGGGCCAUCGCCAACGGACAGCGGGCACUGCCCCGGGAUGGGCUGCUGGACGAGCCGGGCCUGGGUGUCUACAAGCGGUUUGUCCGCUACGUGGCCUACGAGAUCCUGCCCCGAGAGGUGGACCGCCACUGGUACUUCUACCGGCACCGCAGCUGCCCACCCCCAGUGUUUAUGGCCUCGGUCACCCUAGCUCAGAUCAUUGUGUUCCUGUGCUACGGGGCCCGUUUCAACAAGUGGGUGCUGCAGACCUACCACCCCGAGUACAUGAAGAGCCCCCUUGUGUACCACCCCGGCCACCGUGCUCGAGCCUGGCGCUUCCUCACCUACAUGUUCAUGCAUGUUGGGCUAGAGCAGCUGGGGUUCAAUGCGCUCCUGCAGCUGAUGAUCGGGGUGCCCCUGGAGAUGGUACACGGCCUGCUCCGUAUCAGCCUUCUCUACCUGGCCGGUGUGCUGGCAGGUUCCUUGACCGUCUCCAUUACUGACAUGCGGGCCCCUGUGGUGGGGGGCUCCGGCGGGGUCUACGCCCUGUGCUCCGCACACCUGGCCAAUGUCGUCAUGCUUCUCUUAUUCACGCUCUCUCAGAACUGGGCUGGGAUGAGGUGUCCCUACAAGCUGCUAAGGAUGGUGCUGGCCCUCGUGUGCAUGAGCUCCGAGGUGGGCCGGGCUGUGUGGCUGCGCUUCUCCCCGCCACUGCCUGCCUCUGGCCCGCAACCAAGCUUCAUGGCACACCUAGCGGGUGCAGUGGUGGGUGUCAGCAUGGGCCUGACCAUCCUGCGCAGCUACGAGGAGCGCCUGCGGGACCAGUGUGGCUGGUGGGUGGUGCUGCUUGCCUAUGGCACGUUCCUGCUCUUCGCCAUCUUCUGGAACGUCUUCGCCUAUGACCUGCUGGGUGCCCAUGUCCCCCCGCCACCCUGACAGGGUCCCCAGGGCCACACUAGCCAGGGUGCGGCAUCUGUGGGCCAGCCACCAGGCAGGUCUGCAUGUCCACCCUCUGUGAAUGUACGUCUGGAGGCUACUUCUUCCCCGCGGGGUUAGGUGGCCCCAGUGGCCAAGUCCAGGCCAAGCCUUACAUCAGCCCUGGCUGCCCCCUCCCAGGCCUUGGGGGAAGGACUGCUGGACUGGGCUGGGUGGUGGGGGUCCCCAAGGGUGGCCCCAGAGGAGACUGUGCCCGGCCUCUCCUCCAAGACUUGCAGUCUGAGCCUUUUUGGAGAAUGAAUAAAUAUUUUACACAGCA